AUGUCAGAUGUGCAAGUUCUGGAGGCCAAAACAGCUCCCUAUGUCUAUCUGGUGAACGGAAGGCACCAAUGUGAAGGUCGUGUUGAGAUCUACUACCGAGGACAGUCGGGGACAGUCUGUGAUGACUUCUGGGACCUCGCGGACGCCCAGGUUGUGUGCAGGCAGGUGGGAUGUGGCAAGGCCAUUGCAGCUCUAGGAAGUGCCUACUUCGGGCAAGGCUCGGGUGACAUCGUGCUGGACAACGUGAGGUGCAGCGGGAAUGAGGUGUCCUUGCUGCGCUGCAAUCACACGGGCUGGAGGAUCCACAACUGUGCCCACUAUGAAGAUGCUUCUGUUGUCUGUUCAGGGCGCAGCGUGCGGCUGUCGGGCGGCAGGAACGGCUGCGAGGGCCGCGUGGAGCUGUACGACGGCAGCUCCUGGGGGACGGUGUGUGACGACCAGUGGGACCUGCAGGAUGCCCAGGUGGUGUGCCAGCAGCUGGGCUGUGGCCAGCCCGUGGCUGCACUGGACACUGCACACUUUGGCCUGGGCUCCGGCCGCAUCUUCCUGGACGACGUGCAGUGCCGCGGGGACGAGCCCUCCCUCCAGAUGUGCCGGCACAACGGCUGGGGCGUGCACAACUGCGGCCACGUGGAGGAUGCCAGUGUCAUCUGUGCAGCUGCCAAUCCAACCCCUCCUGCUCAGUGGCCGUACACAACAGGGCCCAGCGUGCGGCUGUCGGGCGGCAGGAACGGCUGCGAGGGCCGCGUGGAGCUGUACGACGGCAGCUCCUGGGGGACGGUGUGUGACGACCAGUGGGACCUGCGGGAUGCCCAGGUGGUGUGCCAGCAGCUGGGCUGUGGCCAGCCCCUGGACGCCCCACAAAAUGCACACUUUGGCCUGGGCUCCGGCCGCAUCUUCCUGGACGACGUGCAGUGCCGCGGGGACGAGCCCUCCCUCCAGAUGUGCCGGCACAACGGCUGGGGCGUGCACAACUGCGGGCACGGGGAGGAUGCCAGUGUCAUCUGUGCAGCCAAGCUGAGCUCCCCUGAUAGGGCCAGGGCAGAGUCCUACAGCUUGAAUUUUCACGACCAUGUUCAUGACCAUGUCCAGUCCGUGUCCGUAAACUGCCACAAGCCUCACUUCCCUUUUGUUCACUCCUUCUUCUUCUUUGCAGAAGCCAAUCCAAGCGCUCCUUCUCAAUGGCCACUCACAACAGGGCCCAGCGUGCGGCUGUCGGGCGGCAGGAACGGCUGCGAGGGCCGCGUGGAGCUGUACGACGGCAGCUCCUGGGGGACGGUGUGUGACGACCGGUGGGACCUGCAGGAUGCCCAGGUGGUGUGCCAGCAGCUGGGCUGUGGCCAGCCCGUGGAUGCCCCACGGAAUGCUCGCUUUGGCCCGGGCUCCGGCCGCAUCUUCCUGGACGACGUGCAGUGCCGCGGGGACGAGCCCUCCCUCCAGAUGUGCCGGCACAACGGCUGGGGCGUGCACAACUGCGAGCACGUGGAGGAUGCCAGUGUCAUCUGUGCAGGGGUCCAGCACAGCACCACUGACCACCACAGAAGAACUGCCUACCUCAGCAAAGAGCAGCACACCAGCAGCCCUGUCACAGUGGCUCAUGUGGGCAGAGCAGAGGGCAGAGCUGGUGUGAACCUGUCCUUGUGCCGUGUGCCAGGGCCCAGCGUGCGGCUGUCGGGCGGCAGGAACGGCUGCGAGGGCCGCGUGGAGCUGUACGACGGCAGCUCCUGGGGGACGGUGUGUGAUGACCGGUGGGACCUGCGGGAUGCCCAGGUGGUGUGCCAGCAGCUGGGCUGUGGCCGGCCCCUGAGCGCCCCAGGCAACGCUCGCUUUGGCCCGGGCUCCGGCCGCAUCUUCCUGGACGACGUGCAGUGCCGCGGGGACGAGCCCUCCCUCCAGAUGUGCCGGCACAACGGCUGGGGCGUGCACAACUGCAGGCAUGGGGAGGAUGCCAGUGUCAUCUGUGCAGCUCCCCAGCCAACCCCUCCUCCUCAACAGCCACUCACAACAGGGCCCAGCGUGCGGCUGUCGGGCGGCAGGAACGGCUGCGAGGGCCGCGUGGAGCUGUACGACGGCAGCUCCUGGGGGACGGUGUGUGACGACCGGUGGGACCUGCGGGAUGCCCAGGUGGUGUGCCAGCAGCUGGGCUGUGGCCGGCCCCUGAGCGCCCCAGGCAACGCUCGCUUUGGCCCGGGCUCCGGCCGCAUCUUCCUGGACGACGUGCAGUGCCGCGGGGACGAGCCCUCCCUCCAGAUGUGCCGGCACAACGGCUGGGGCGUGCACAACUGCAGGCACGGGGAGGAUGCCAGUGUCAUCUGUGCAGCUCCCCAGCCAACCCCUCCUCCUCAACAGCCACUCACAACAGGGCCCAGCGUGCGGCUGUCGGGCGGCAGGAACGGCUGCGAGGGCCGCGUGGAGCUGUACGACGGCAGCUCCUGGGGGACGGUGUGUGACGACCGGUGGGACCUGCGGGAUGCCCAGGUGGUGUGCCAGCAGCUGGGCUGUGGCCGGCCCCUGAGCGCCCCAGGCAACGCUCGCUUUGGCCCGGGCUCCGGCCGCAUCUUCCUGGACGACGUGCAGUGCCGCGGGGACGAGCCCUCCCUCCAGAUGUGCCGGCACAACGGCUGGGGCGUGCACAACUGCAGGCAUGGGGAGGAUGCCAGUGUCAUCUGUGCAGCUCCCCAGCCAACCCCUCCUCCUCAACAGCCACUCACAACAGGGCCCAGCGUGCGGCUGUCGGGCGGCAGGAACGGCUGCGAGGGCCGCGUGGAGCUGUACGACGGCAGCUCCUGGGGGACGGUGUGUGACGACCGGUGGGACCUGCGGGAUGCCCAGGUGGUGUGCCAGCAGCUGGGCUGUGGCCGGCCCCUGAGCGCCCCAGGCAACGCUCGCUUUGGCCCGGGCUCCGGCCGCAUCUUCCUGGACGACGUGCAGUGCCGCGGGGACGAGCCCUCCCUCCAGAUGUGCCGGCACAACGGCUGGGGCGUGCACAACUGCAGGCACGGGGAGGAUGCCAGUGUCAUCUGUGCAGGCACAUAUAGCUCAAGUACACUUUUGUAAGUAGAUUCUUUCCCAUUUCUUUCUGCAGCUCCUUAUUUUUGUGGUGGCUCAGUCUCAGAUUCCUCUGGGGUGCUGCAGAGUCCCAACUAUCCUGGAAAUUAUCCAAACGACGCUGACUGCGUGUGGGAAAUACAAGUAGAGAACAAUUUCCGUGUAACGCUCACAUUUAGAGAUAUUGUGAUGCAAAGCAGGACGUGCCAGCAUGACUACAUUGAAGUCUAUGAUGGACCUCUCCACUCUUCCCCUCUUCUUGGGAGAUUCUGUUCUGGUUCCUUUCCCACAUACGUGUCCUCUUCGAACAUGAUGAGUGUUCGCUUCCACAGCGAUUCCAGAUACUCCUUCAGAGGGUUUCAGGCUCACUACUCCUCCAUUCCAGCAGGUCACAACACCACCAUUCAGUGCUUGCCGGACUACAUGCACGUAGUGGUCAGCAGAGACUACCUCCAGUCUCAGGGCUACUCAGCUCAGAGGGUCACCCUGAACGACAACCGCUGCAGACCGACAGUCACGUCACAGGAGGUUGUAUUCAACAUUCCCUACAACAGCUGUGGGACAAUACAAGAGGAGAACAACGACACAAUCAACUACUCCAACACCAUCAGCGUCUCAUCUUCCGGGUACAUUAUCAAGAGGAAAAAGAACACCAACUUGCACGUCAGCUGCAAAAUGCUGAGGAAGAGCUGGCAGCAGGUGAUGUACGCUGCUGAGGACACCGUGGAUGUGAACGAGUACCAGUUUGGAAGAUACAACAUGAACAUCACCUUCUACGAUUCCCCAGCGUUCCAGCGGCAAGUGCGCGGCUCUCCCUACUACAUCGACCUCAACCAAAACCUCUACCUCCAAGCCUGUCUUCACAGCUCGGACCCAAACCUGAAGGUGGUUGUGGACACGUGUGUGGCAUCACCUGACCCUCGUGAUUUUAACACACUGGCCUAUUACUUAGUCAGGAAUGGGUGUCCUAGAGAUUCUUCCUAUGCCACAUACUACUCCCCUUCCAGCCACUUUGCUCGGUUCAAGUUUAACGCCUUCGAGUUCAUGAGCCGGCACCCGUCAGUGUACCUGAAGUGCCAGAUGCUGGUCUGCAGGCUCGGGGACUACUCCUCCCACUGCUACCGGGGCUGCAGCUCCAGGGUCAAGAGAGACACCAGCUCUGCUGAGGAAAAAGUGGAUGUGGUGGUUGGACCCCUUCAGCUCCGAGGAGGGGACGCUCCGAGUGGGAUCACCGCGAAAGCCGAAUGAAUUUCUCUCACGUUUGCUCCAGGAUGACCAACGGGCUUCAAGAAAGCCACAGCUCUGUCGUCUGUCACUGAAAUCUGCUUUUGCCAACUUUGCCAUAAAAAGGAAGAGAUCCACACCUUGCCAGCUUCUGCUUUCACCCACGUUUUUAUAAAAGUGGAACUUCCCAGGCUGUCCCAAAGGAGAGUUUCCUGUAAUCCUUUUUAGUGCUAUAACUCCUUGAAUUGUGCUAAUUAGCUCCAGUCUGAUUGUGAAUUUGAUGGCACUUGGGGAUAUGGUUUAUUGGUGGACUUAUUUGUGCUAGUUUAAUGGUAGGGCUCAAUAACCUUAAAAGUCUUUUCUAACCUAAAUGAUCCCAUGAUUCCAUGGCAGCCAGCUGGGAGCAAACUCCCAGCUUUCUUGAGAAAUAUUUCAUUCCCUCAGUUGUUUUCUGCUCAUGAAGUUUACUUAGUUGAGUUGUCAUCCCUGCUAAUAUGAAGCCUGUCCAAAUAGUUGAAAGCAAUGAAUCUGUGAGCUUGCUUAUUUCUGACUUUGAUCUGGGAGCCAUCCCUUUAACACUGGAACUCUCUGUGCCUUGACCUUCAAUAUGCUGAGAUCAAACCCCAGGAACUUUCACUUGUAGGGCUGAGCUCUUCUAGCAACCAGAAUUGUGGCUAUACAAUAUUCUAAUUACUCUGAGUAUUGCUUUUAGUGCUAUAUUUCUCAUUGAAACAAGGAUGGGUCUGUGCUUAUUGAUAAAAUACAGAGAUUUCCAAGCUAAAAUUAAUCUGUUUUGUGAGCAGUGUAAUUUAUAAUCAAAGGAAGGAAGGUUUACAAAGCAAUAAAUCUAUUUUGUCUCUCAAAUUAAUGUUUCUGUGCUUAAAAUAAGAAUGUUUUACUGUGUUGAAGAGUGCUGUCUGUUUGAUUAAAAAUUCCAAGUGGUGG